UGUCAAUAGUGUGGGUUGACUCAAAGGGACGAGUUUAACAGAAAGCUGGAAACAGUUUAUAAAGAAGUUGAGGUUUUUCCCACCCAACUUUUCACAACAUGCUUCUGCCAUAUUCCAAAACCUACCAUGCCCACCGAUUAAUAUUAUAGUAAAAACUUCUGCGCAUUAGAGCCAACCAGUCCUCUGCCAUACGUUGCCGGCCGACACCAACCAGUCCGCUUCAGGUUUCAAAAUCUCCGAUCUCUAUCCUUCCCUCAAGUUGCUUCCUAUUAAUGUUGUUAUAUGUUGAUAUAUGAUGAUUUUACUUACUAUUAAUGUUGUUUCUUUGGAGUUACCAUAGCCAUGAUAUAUUGACUUUAUUAGGAAAUGUUUCUAGCUGGUAUUGAGACAUCGACAACGGUAAUGGAGUGGGUCAUGUCGGCAAUGAUAAGAGAUUCGAGAGUGCUACGAAAAGCACAACAAGAGGUCAGGCAAGUAUAUGGUGAUGAUGACGGCAAAAACUAUUUCGACGAAGCAAGUCUUGAUCAAUUGAAGUAUUUGGACAUGAUUAUUGCCGAGAGUUUAAGGCUGCAUCCGCCACUUCCUUUGCUUAUUCCAAGAGAAAAUAGAGAUCAGAACCUGGAACUCAACUCGUAUGAGGUUCCGGUGAACAGCAGCGUCCUCGUGAACGCCUGGGCGAUAAAUCGGGAUCCUCGUUACUGGACAGAGGCGGAGAGGUUCUUCCCGGAAAGAUUUAUGAAUUUUCCGAUCGAUUAUACGGGGACCGAGCUCCAGUUCAUUCCAUUUGGCGCCGGAAGAAGGAUGUGUCCUGGAGUUACUUUUGGAAUGAAGGUCGUGAAACUAACUCUAGCGAGUUUGAUUUUUCAUUUGACUUGGAAACUUCUCGCGGGACAAAAAAAGCAUUAAUAUGGCAGAAUGUUUUGGAGGGACACUGAGAAGACAAUAUUCUCUCCGUCUAAUUCCAAUUCCGUAUAGUCACGUGCUUCUUUAGGCUCUCAACAACGCUUGGCGUUGGUCUUGUUCUGUUGCUGUUCUGCUGCUCAUUGGAUGUUCUUGGAGCCUCGUUAUGCUUGCUUUUUGGCUGUGGUUUUCAAUCCUUGUGAUGUCCAACUUCUUUUACCUUGUACACUUUGUGUUUCCUUUCCUUCUUUGUUAAUGCAAUUCAUCAUUAUAAUAAAGACAAACAUGUAAAUGUUAUGUUUUGUGUUUUUCUUUCUGUUUGAAUAUGUAUAAUAUCUUUAUAAUUUUCGUCGGCAAAAAAACAUUUGUAUUUUACGUGGUUUAUUUGGUCAAAAAACUGUUUACGUGCUAUCAAAAUUAGGCCUCUAUAUAUGUAAAGACCACAUGAGACAUGACACAAAAUGCUAUUUAACAACUCACAAAUGUGCUCUUCCUUCCAUAAUCACUUGAACAACACAAGCUAAGUCUCGAAUCCCUAAUUAAUACUUGCCACUUCCACAUACUAGCAACUAUUAGAUCUAUCCAUUUUCUUUGACCCGCCAUUUGAUACAUAACUUAUUCCUCAAUCUAUCUAUUCUUUCUAAUCUAAAAAACUACAUCUCCGACACUCAAAGUGAUCUCUACUCCCUUAGAACUCAAUCUUAUAUUCUUCCUGAAUUUCCAAACCACUCCAAAUAUCCCCUUGAAGAGCGCGUUAGAAUAAUUUCACGAUAUCAAACGUGAGAUCGAUCGGCAUCAAUAAUUGUUGUUCAAUAAUUAUUUCAGUGCACCCCCUCGAAGAGUGUUAGGAUAGACAGUUGUAGUGGAAGAUACUAUGUGACCGUCGAUCUCAAGAAAUAGUACGUAGCACUCAUUGCAAUCCUUUUGUCUAUAUCUAAAUUAAAAGGAAUCUAAAUAAUAUGAGCGUAGUGCGUUAUGCACGAGCUGGCAAACCGUUUCAGCUAGACACCAGCUGUCCUAAUGAAUUGGCAAACCCUAACAAAGGCACCCCUAACCAUAUACAUCCACCUUGUUUAUGCUCAUUUUGCAAGUUUUCAGAAGAGAGUCUCUCAGACCCAAAAAGAGUGAGAACGAGUCAACAAUGACCUGCGGAGGUGAAAGCAACAAUGCAGAGGCAGGACCUUAUUAUAUAUGCUUGAAUAAAACUUAAAUCAAUCCCACCAACACGGCAGCUGUUGUUUAUAGUUUUAGCAGAGAGUUUAACUUGUCUUCUUUCAGGAAGCAAAAAAUUCACAGUAAGUAAGAAAAGUAGAAAACACUAAACUAAGUUAUCUAUGGCGUAGAUCCAGAUACCGUACGAUUAGAUCCCCCUCCAUUUUUCUACUGAUCAAGUCAGAUUUGGCUCAUCCACAUGAGGUCAAUUAUAUUACUAUAUCCAUGAAAAUAAUCAUAAAUAAAAAUCAUCAAAGUGUUAUCACGAGUAUCUUUUUAUAAUCUCAUUAUACCAUAAUUAUCCAAAGUUUUGAUUUUGAAAUAGUUCAUUAUCUCAACUGUAGAGAGAGGGUCAUCGAUCUCCCGGCCACCGGCGAUGACCCUCAUCGCCGCCGUGUUGUUUAGUGUUCCCUCUGUGUAAGCAUUCAAGCUUUCCAUCAAUAAAACUAAAUUCUUCGU